UUCCUCAUAAGGCAUCGUUUCCAGGCCUUUGGCCAUUUUGGUUGCCCUCUUCUGGACACGUUCCAGCUUGUCAGUAUCCUUGAACUGUGGUGCCCAGAACUGGACACAGUACUCCAGCUUGAAAAUGUCAGUGAUUCGACUCGGAAAAGUGGUCCCCAAAACCAGCAUCCUCUUCCUGUGUGACUUGCAAGAGAAAUUUCGGACGAAUAUCAGCUACUUCCCUCAGAUUGUAUCUGUGGCAGCUCGGAUGCUAAAGGUUGCCAAGGCUCUCGAAAUCCGGGCGGUAGUGACCGAACAAUACCCCAAAGGCCUGGGCCCUACGGUGCCAGAGCUGGGUGCUGAAGACUUGCCGAAAUAUGCCAAGACCUGCUUCAGCAUGGUUAUCCCAGAGGUGGAGAAGGAGAUGGCAGCUGUGCCCGACUUGAAAUCUGUGCUUUUGUGUGGGAUCGAGACACAGGCCUGCAUCAUGAGCACAGCGUUGGACCUCAUGGAGCGAGGCCUGGAUGUUCACGUGGUGGUGGAUGCCUGCUCUUCCCGCAGUCAGGUGGACAGGAUUGUGGCUUUGUCCAGAUUACGCCAGAGCGGUGCCUUCCUCACCACCAGCGAAGGGCUCAUUCUGCAACUGGUCAGAGAUGCUGCGCACCCCUAUUUCCGAGAGAUCCAGAAGAUGCUUAAGGACCCUGCCCCAGACAGCGGCCUUCUCCCCCUCCUGAAAGAACCAAGCCCCCUUUUCAGCUAGGCCAGCUGCUCCAUUGACCCAGAUC